CAUCAGCCGCAUCAGUCAUCACCCCCACAACAUUAUUUAUUUACUUCUACAGUUGUUGCCAGGCAAAAAGUUACAGGCAAAGAAGAAGGAAAAUGGAGAAUAAUUCCGCAAUGAGCAACGACCGUCCGACGGUGAUGGUCACCAACGACGACGGAAUCGACGCCCCUGGCCUCCGAGCUCUUGUUCGUGUUCUCGUCUCCUCCAAUCGAUUCAACGUCCUCGUUUGCGCCCCUGAUUCUGAAAAGUCCGCUGUUAGUCAUUGUAUCACAUGGAGAAAUGCUAUUUUUGCCAAGCCUGUCGAAAUCAGUGGGGCAAUUGCUUUUGCAGUUUCUGGAACUCCUGCUGAUUGUACAGCUUUGGGAAUUUCCAAUGCUCUCUUUCCAUCAAAACCUGAUCUGGUAAUCAGUGGCAUUAAUAUGGGUAGCAACUGCGGUUAUCACAUUGUUUAUUCAGGGACUGUAGCAGGGGCUCGGGAAGCUUUUUUCAAUGAUGUUCCUGCUGUUUCUCUAUCAUAUGACUGGGUUGGAGGAAAGAGUAACGUCGAUGAUUUUGUACUGGCAGCGGAGGCUUGCUUGCCCAUAUUUUCCGCUGUAUUGGCUGAAGUCAAGAAGAAAACUUAUCCUCAAAACUGUUUUUUGAAUAUAGAUGUGCCCACGAAUGUCACAAAUCAUAAGGGUUAUCGACUGACCAAGCAGGGUAAGAGUCGUGUGAAAAUGGGAUGGAGGCAAGUUACUUCUGAUGCUCAAGGAGGGAAAAUGUUAUCAACGAUGACGAUGGAGACAAAUUCUUCGUCACAUUCUGAAGCUGAGGCUUUGAGUACGAAACAUUGCCAUCUUAUGUUCAAGAGAGAAGUAAUGGGAUCACAUGUAGCAGAUGGUGACACGGACUAUUCUUACCUUCAAGAAGGAUAUAUAACUGUUAGUCCUCUAGGUGCUUUGUCUCAUGCUGAGAUGGAUAGCCAAGCAUUCUUUAAACAGUGGCUUCCAAGUGUGACUGAAUGCUUCUCUUCUUCUGCCCUGUAAAAAAAGAAGCUCUGCCCUUUCCAUUAGACCUGAUAUACGGACCUGACAGCGUUUCUAUCAGAGUGGCAACCGUAGUGAUGAUGGAGGCCCGUUUACAGGUACCGUCAUUCCCUACUCAUGGGAUGACUGGUUAAUAAUAAAUUCAUUCUCCUGAUUUGAACAAUGGCUGGGUGUUGUGAACACUCACGUUUAGAUUUGUAAUAAAAUAUUUCUGAAAGUUGAAGAAUAAAAGCUAUAUUUUAUUUUGCCAUCAUAGAUUAGCAAGUACCUUGAGUUCCUACACUGAUCUUUGAUUGCCUACAGAAUUAUAAAUCUGAACUUUUUCUAUGCAAUAACUAUCCGAGGGGCCUCUAAUAUCUU